AGUGUCGGCACACACACCAGUGUGAAUAUAAUGCUUCCUCAGGACGUCGCCCGGCUCUUCCAGUCUGAAGGGGUCUUCCCCCGCAGGAUGACAAUUGAGGCCUGGGCAACACAUAGGGACCUGCGGAACCACAAGUGCGGAGUCUUCCUGCUCAAUGGGGAGCCCUGGCGAUCUGACCGCUUGAUACUGAAUAAAGAGGUUCUAAGUCUGGCUGGGGUGAGGAAGUUUCUUCCCUUCCUGGACGAGGUGGCCGGAGACUUUGUGUCCUUCAUGCGGAGACGUAUGAACAAAAACACAAGAGGCGCUCUGACGGUGGACCUGUAUGCAGACCUCUUCCGAUUUACACUUGAAGCCAGCAGCUACGUCUUGUAUGGACAGCGUCUCGGGCUGCUAGAGGAGCAUCCAAACGCUGAGUCUCUGCGCUUUAUUGGAGCAGUGGAGACCAUGAUAAAGACCACACUGCCGCUUCUGUACUUCCCCCACCAGCUGAUGCGGCUCUCUGACAGCCGCAUAUGGAAGGAGCACAUGAAAGCCUGGGAUGUCAUUUUCGAACAGGCCGACCGCUGCAUCCAGAACAUUUACCAGGAGUUCUGCCUGGGUCAGGAGAGAGGAUACUCGGGAAUAAUGGCAGAGCUGCUACUACAGGCAGAGCUCCCGCUGGACUCCAUAAAGGCCAAUGUGACCGAGCUGAUGGCGGGGGGAGUGGACACGACCGCCAUGCCGCUGCUGUUCACUCUCUUCGAGCUGGCCCGUAACCCGUCUGUACAGAGAGACCUGAGGGAGGAGAUUCGGAAAGCAGAAAGCCAGAAUCCUCCUGACCUGAACCAGUUACUGAACGCCAUGCCUCUGCUGAAGGGAGCCAUUAAAGAGACGCUGCGGCUGUAUCCUGUGGGGAUCACGGUGCAGAGACAUCUGACAAAGGACACCACGCUGCACAACUACCACAUUCCAAACGGGACGCUGGUCCAGGUGGGGCUGUAUCCCAUGGGACGAAGCUCUCAGGUAUUCCAAGAUCCCCUGCGCUAUGAUCCCAGGCGCUGGAUGCGCAGAGACGACACAAACUUUAAGGCGCUGGCAUUUGGCUUCGGCUCGCGCCAGUGUAUUGGCCGCAGGAUCGCCGAGACGGAGAUGAUGCUGUUCCUGAUGCACAUGCUGAAGAACUUCCAGAUUGACACGGUGUGUAAGGACGACAUCAGGACGGUGUUCGGGUUCAUCCUGAGGCCGGAGAAGCCGCCGCUCCUCACCUUCAGACCCAUGUGACGCGACGCUGGGACCGGCCGCAGACCCCCAUUCCCCACAGAGCUUAGCAACCAGCAGCAUUCUAGAUUGUAAGCUCUUGUGGGCAGGAUAAUGGAGUGAUGUUACAUACACAUACAGAGGACGAGACACGGCACACGCUACAUGUAUGUACAAAACACCGCUCACCAACAUGUCACAUGUACUGUUCUGUCACCCCACCGCCCGUCUGUACGGGGCGAUGUCUAGCAAUGCAUGUCACCCUGCUGUGGGAGGGUCUCUCUGUAUCAUAGUGCCCGUCAGUGUCACCCUGCUGUGGGAGGGUCUCUCUGUAUAAUAGUGCCAGUCAGUGUCACCCUGCAGUGGGAGGGUCUCUCUGUAUAAUAGUGCAUGUCACCCUGCAGUGGGAGCGUCUCUCUGUAUCAUAGUGCCUGUCAGUGUCACCCUGCUGUGGGAGGGUCUCUCUGUAUCAUAGUGCCUGUCAGUGUCACCCUGCUGUGGGAGGGUCUCUCUGUAUAAUAGUGCCAGUCAGUGUCACCCUGCAGUGGGAGGGUCUCUCUGUAUAAUAGUGCCAGUCAGUGUCACCCUGCUGUGGGAGGGUCUCUCUGUAUAAUAGUGCCAGUCAGUGUCACCCUGCAGUGGGAGGGUCUCUCUGUAUCAUAGUGCCUGUCAGUGUCACCCUGCUGUGGGAGGGUCUCUCUGUAUAAUAGUGCCAGUCAGUGUCACCCUGCAGUGGGAGGGUCUCUCUGUAUAAUAGUGCAUGUCACCCUGCAGUGGGAGGGUCUCUCUGUAUCAUAGUGCCAGUCAGUGUCACCCUGCAGUGGGAGGGUCUCUCUGUAUCAUAGUGCCUGUCAGUGUCACCCUGCAGUGGGAGGGUCUCUCUGUAUCAUAGUGCCUGUCAGUGUCACCCUGCAGUGGGAGGGUCUCUCUGUAUCAUAGUGCCUGUCAGUGUCACCCUGCAGUGGGAGGGUCUCUCUGUAUCAUAGUGCAUGUCACCCUUCAGUGGGAGGGUCUCUCUAUAUCAUAGUGCCAGUCAGUGUCACCCUGCUGUGGGGGGGUCUCUUUGUAUCAUAGUGCCUGUCAGUGUCACCCUGCAGUGGGCGGGUCUCUUUGUAUCAUUGUGCCUGUCAGUGUCACCCUGCAGUGGGAGGGUCUCUCUGUAUCAUAGUGCCUGUCAGUGUCACCCUGCAGUGGGAGGGUCUCUCUGUAUAAUAGUGCUUGUCACCCUGCAGUGGGAGGGUCUCUCUCUAUCAUAGUGCCUGUCAGUGUCACCCUGCUGUGGGGGGGUCUCUCUGUAUCAUAGUGCCAAUUGGUCUCACCCUGCAGUGGGAGGGUCUCUCUGUAUCAUAGUCCCUGUCAGUGUCACCCUGCAGUGGGAGGGUCUCUCUGUAUCAUAGUGCCUGUCAGUGUCACCCUGCUGUGGGGGGGGGUCUCUCUCUAUCAUAGUGCCAAUUGGUCUCACCCUGCAGUGGGAGGGUCUCUCUGUAUUAUAGUGCCCGUCAGUGUCACCCUGCAGUGGGAGGGUCUCUCUGUAUCAUAGUGCCUGUCAGUGUCACCCUGCAGUGGGAGGGUCUCUCUGUAUAAUAGUGCAUGUCACCCUGCAGUGGGAGGGUCUCUCUGUAUCAUAGUGCCUGUCAGUGUCACCCUGCUGUGGGCGGGUCUCUUUGUAUCAUAGUGCCUGUCAGUGUCACCCUGCAGUGGGCGGGUCUCUUUGUAUCAUAGUGCCUGUCAGUGUCACCCUGCAGUGGGGGGUCUCUCUGUAUAAUAGUGCAUGUCACCCUGCAGUGGGAGGGUCUCUCUGUAUCAUAGUGCCAGUCAGCGUCACCCUGCAGUGGGAGGGUCUCUCUGUAUCAUAGUGCCUGUCAGUGUCACCCUGCAGUGGGAGGGAUCCUCUGUAUAAUAGUGCAUGUCACCCUGCAGUGGGAGGGUCUCUCUGUAUCAUAGUGCCUGUCAGUGUCACCCUGCAGUGGGAGGGUCUCUGUACCAUAGUGCCUGUCAGUGUCACCCUGCAGUGGGAGGGUCUCUCUGUAUCAUAGUGCCUGUCAGUGUCACCCUGCAGUGGGAGGGUCUCUGUACCAUAGUGCCUGUCAGUGUCACCCUGCAGUGGGAGGGUCUCUCUGUAUCAUAGUGCCUGUCAGUGUCACCCUGCAGUGGGGGGUCUCUCUGUAUCAUAGUGUCUGUCAGGGUCACCCUGCAGUGGGAGGGUCUCUCUGUAUCAUAGUGCCUGUCAGUGUCACCCUGCAGUGGGAGGGUCUCUUUGUAUCAUAGUGCCUGUCAGUGUCACCCUGCAGUGGGAGGGUCUCUCUGUAUCAUAGUGUCUGUCAGGGUCACCCUGCAGUGGGAGGGUCUCUCUAUAUCAUAGUGCCUGUCAGUGUCACCCUGCAGUGGGAGGGUCUCUUUGUAUCAUAGUGCCUGUCAGUGUCACCCUGCAGUGGGAGGGUCUCUCUGUAUCAUAGUGUCUGUCAGUGUCACCCUGCAGUGGGAGGGUCUCUUUGUAUCAUAGUGCCUGUCAGUGUCACCCUGCAGUGAGAGGGUCUCUCUGUAUCAUAGUGCCUGUCAGUGUCACCCUGCAGUGGGAGGGUCUCUCUGUAUCAUAGUGCCUGUCAGUGUCACCCUGCAGUGGGAGGGUCUCUCUGUAUCAUAGGGGGUUUCAUUUUAAUUAUUUCAUUGAUCAUGUAUCUGAG